AUGGCAACACAUUCUGAAUUUGAAAAUAUUGGCUUAAAAGAAGAAGUUUUGAAGGGAAUAUUUGCGUACGGAUUCAGCAGCCCCUCGCAAAUCCAAAAAGACGCCAUCCCAUCGAUAGCUAGCGGCGACAGUGUGGUCGUGCAAUCAAAAAACGGAACGGGAAAAACUGCCACAUUUUUGCUUGGGAUGCUCCAGAAAAUAGACACAGCAAAGAAGGGCAUACAGGCGAUUGUUGUCUCGCCCACCAGAGACCUUGCCAUGCAGACAUUCGCUGUAUUUAAAGGUUUGUCGCAGUUUAUGCCGAUAAAAGGGUGCUGUGCUGUUGGAAAAGAUAAGAAAGUGGCAGAAAACAUCAGCGAGCUUGCUGCAUGCGCUGUUCUAUUCGGGACUCCUGGGAGACUGCUGCAGCUCGUCAGAGAGUCUUCCAAGUCAUUUGCAAAUUUGCACAUGAUUGUGCUGGACGAGGCGGAUAGAGUACUGGACGACGGAUUUGAGCUGCAGGUUAAGUCUCUUUUUGAUAGGAUAAAACCGCAGGAGCCGCAGUUUGUCUUUGUGAGUGCCACUCUGCCAAAUGAGGUAACGGAAAUGUUGAAGCUGUUUUUGGACAGUCCAAAAAUGUUUUUAGUCCCACAGGAGAAACUUGCUCUUUCAAAAAUAUCGCAGUUUUAUGUCAAGACCGCGCAAAAAGAGAAAUUCAAUGCAGUUUGCAACAUUUUAGCAAACAUUUCCAUAUCGCAGGCCGUUAUAUUUGCGAACAGAAAGGAAACUGUAAUAGAGAUAGGAAAAAAGCUGCUGAUGCACGAAUUUCCUGUCGCUGUGCUGCAUGGAUCUUUAGAGCAGACAGAGAGAAACAAAAAGAUGGGCGAGUUUCUCAGCGGGAAGUUCAGAAUACUUGUGUCCACAGACUUGUCGUCGAGAGGAAUAGAUGCUGCGCAUGUAAAUCUGGUUAUCAACUACGAUCUUCCGUUCUCUUCAGAGGAAUACCUGCACAGGAUAGGAAGAGGCGGCAGGUUUGGAAAAACAUCCAGUGCCAUAACGCUGAUAGAUGCAGAAGAGUAUGCGAGUGCCCAGAAUAUAUGCGGAGUGUUUGGGAAAUCGCUUCAGAAGUUCAAGCUCUCAUCCACCUCCCAUAGUGGCACAGAUUAG